CUUGUCAGCUUUUACAAAAUCCAACUAAUGAGUCGUUUUGAGUGAACAAUUUUUGUCAUAAUAGUCUUCCUAAAAUAUUCACUGAGCAAUAGUCUGACCAUAUGCUGACAAGGGACAACAUUUAUCUGGUUGCCACGAAAAUACUAUGAAAAUCAAAUGAUAUAUGUUCGAGAUCUAGUAUGAUUUUAAACUAACAAAUGACUGUUUUCUUAAUUCAUAUGUACUUAUCCGUUGUUAUUAAAAAGGACUCGUGAAAUCUAGUAAUGGACAGAAUUGUAAUGCUACUUGAUAUGGACUGUUUCUACGUUCAAGUUGAACAACGUGAUUUUCCUGAAACUAAGGGGAAGCCAUGUGUCGUUUCACAGUAUAGUGAGUGGAAAGGUGGAGGGGCUUUAGCUAUAAGUUACGAAGCCAGGGCUCUAGGUAUCAAGCGAGGAAUGUUCAGUGAUGAAAUUCGAGCUCAACAUCCAGAAGUAACAAUUUUCAAGGUUCCUGAAAAACGAGGUAAAGCAGAACUUACAAAAUAUCGUGUUGCAAGUUCUGAAGUCAUUCAGUGUAUAUCUGAAUUUACCAGCGAUAUUGAAAGGGCUAGUAUUGAUGAGGCCUAUGUUGAUUUAACUGACAUUGUAGAUUCAACUUUGGUUCAAGAUCACAAUUUGUCAUCAUUGCAGUCCAAUCUAGAGUCAUAUGUGUUAGUUAAUGGGGAUAUUGCAAAGGAGUUAAAGUUAGAACUUACGGGAACCAAUUGUGUUCAACUCAGUGGCUUUGACUGGAUCGAAUUAUUAGAUUCUAACUUUGUAGAUGGGAGGCGAUUAGCAAUAGCUUCUGAAUUGGUGUACCGUAUUAGACAGGCUGUUUUUGUAAAGACAGGAUUUAGAUGUUCUGCUGGGAUCGGUCCAAACAAAUCUAUAGCUAAGUUGGCAUGCAGUUUAAAUAAACCAAAUAAACAAACAAUUAUUCCGCACGAAUCAAUCCCUACUCUAUUGGAAAAUACUCCUAUAAAUAAAAUACGUAAUUUAGGUGGCAAAUUAGGAGAUACUGUCAUUAAACAACUGAAGAUUGAAACACUCGGUCAACUGAGUUCAAUUCCAUUGUCUAUACUUACAAAAGAAUUUGGUGAAAAAACCGCAAAAUGGCUUCAUGACUUAUCGCAUGGUAUUGAUCAUGAAGUGGUUACUACUCGAUCACUUCCAAAAUCUAUUGGUUGUAGUAAAAAUUUCAUUGGACGUGCAACACUUACAUCAAGUGAACAAAUUAAACGAUGGUUAUUAUGUUUAACUGAAGAAAUAUUUGAAAGAUUAGAUGUUGAUUAUCAUCAAUAUCAACGUUAUCCUACUCGGUUAACUGUUUAUGCUCGGACAACAAAUGAUCCAAGAUAUUUUGGAGGUAUAUCACGUACACUUCCAGCUAAUCUUUUACAAUUCAUUGGUUAUGGAAAUCGUAGUAUCGUGAAUAAUGAUGAUGAAACUUGUAGUAAUACCAGUGAUUUAGAUAAUAAAUUACUUAAAUAUCAAAAUCAAAUUGAGAAACUUGCCAAUACUGCUUUGGUCACUUUAAAGGAAGUCUUUUUUAAAGGAGAAGCUCCGGAAAUAUGGGAUCCUGGUAUCAGUUGUUUAGGUCUUUCAGCUGGGAAAUUCCUGCCUAAUUCUUCUACUUCAAAUGUUGAUAUUCGAUGUUUACUACGAAAAACUCAACCAGAAUCAAUAAAGUCUAAUACACUUCUUACUCAACCAGAAUCAAUUCCAUGUGUAAAAGAAGAUACUUCAUCAUUAUCAUUAUCAGUUAAAUUAUCUUCGGAUGAUAAUAAUGAUGAUAAUGAUAAAAAUGAUACCGUCAAUAUUCCACCUCAAAGAAAACGUAAUUCCAAUGAUUCAAUUAUCAAUAACAACAACACAAAUAAUCUUUCAUUUUUUAAACGUUUACGAAUUGCUGAAAUCUCAGCACCAUUUCAACCAGCUGUAAUAAUUGAUAAUCCCGAUAAUAAUAAUAAUAAUAAUAAUAAUAAUAAUAAUAAUAAUAAUAAUAAUAAUAAUAGUGAGAAUAAAGAUGAUUUAUCAAUAGAAAAUCAAAAUGAAAAACUUAUUUCCAAUUCAAUAACAACACCAACAACUAUUAGUAUACAAUCAGAUGAAUCAUUAGAACAUAAUCAUCAAUUGUCUACACUGGAAGAUUCACCUUAUUUAGAAUUUGAUUCAGAAUCACGUCAUUCAACAUCAAAUACUUCAGAUUCGUCUAAUUUUUUCAAAUCAUAUUCCAUUGGUGAUUGGAUUAUAUGUGAUAAGUGUAAUUCACGUAUAUCUGUAUGGCAAUUACCGGAACAUGAAGAUUUUCAUGUAGCUCAACGUAUACAACAUGAAUGGUCAGAUAAAGAGCAUAAUGUCAAUUCAACAUUAAUCCCGUCAUCAUCAUCAUCAUCAAUAGGCACAAUAAUCACAAAAACUGAUAAUACUACUAAUUUAAAUCAAGUAGAUAAUUCAUUGUCAAAUAAAAUAUCUUGUCAAAAAUCAACUCAAGUUAAAUCGAAUACACAACAAUCAAAAUUGUCAAAAAAGCAAUCGAAAUCAAUUAAACCUACUUCUGAAAGUUUAGAUAAAUAUUUUUUUAAAAUCUCUUAAAAUCUACCAGAAAGAAUGAAGUAGAUGAUGUGGUUUUUUUUUUGCAUCUGGCCAAUCAUCAUUGUUGUUUAUGAUUGUAAUUUUAUUUUUCUAUGAUUGUUUUAUUAUGAGAGGAAUAUUAUGAUUUAAUGUUGUUUUUUUUUCAUGUUGCUUUUCUUAAAAUAAUAAUUUGUUUUUCUGUAUUGAAAGCUAAUGUAAUCAUUAUUAUUUUUUUUAUUUACCUGUCAAUGUUCCAAAAUCUUUUCCAAAAUUAAUUUAUUAUGAGACAAAAUCAGAAUGAUAAAACUGAUGCUUUAUGAAUA